AUGUUGCGCAACGCCCUUUCCGCCGUCGCCCGCCUCCCUGCUCUUCCUUCUUUUCAGAGAACCGCCACGACCCUAUCUGCAGGGUUUCCCAAAGUCACCAAGAGGCCUUCUACUAAGUAUGGUGGUGUCUAUACCGUCACAUUAAUACCAGGAGAUGGUAUCGGCCAAGAGAUUACUGACUCGGUCAAGGAAAUAUUUGAGCAUGUCAACGCUCCUAUUGAAUGGGAGCAGUAUGAUGUAUCUGGAAUGUCGUCUUCUGGAGAGGUGUUAUUUAAGCAGGCUAUGGAAAGUUUGAAGAGAAACCGUGUCGGUCUUAAGGGUAUCCUCUUCACCCCCAUCUCCCAAUCUGGCCACAUCUCAUGGAACGUCGCUAUGCGUCAACAGCUUGAUAUCUACGCUUCCGUCGUGAUGUGUAAAUCCCUUCCAGGUUUUCCUACCCGCCAUUCCAACGUCGACUUUACCAUUAUCCGUGAAAAUACUGAGGGCGAAUAUUCUGGACUAGAACAUCAAAGCUAUCCUGGUGUGGUCGAGAGCUUGAAGGUCUCAACGCGUGCCAAGGCUGAACGUAUUCACCGAUUUGCAUUUGAUUUUGCGCUGAAAAACAACCGCAAGAAAGUCACCUGUGUGCACAAAGCCAAUAUCAUGAAGCUCGGUGAUGGUCUGUUCCUGAACACAUUCAGAGAAGUGGCGAAGGAAUACGAGUCUUCCGGUCUUACCUUCAAUGAUAUGAUUGUCGACAAUACUUCCAUGCAGCUUGUCGCUAAGCCUGGUCAGUUUGAUGUCAUGGUUAUGCCCAAUCUGUACGGUGCUAUCGUAUCCAACAUCGGAGCUGCCCUGGUCGGUGGCCCAGGUAUUGUUCCUGGAUGUAAUGUUGGACGUGAAUAUGCUCUGUUUGAGCCAGGCUGUCGUCAUGUCGCUAGCGACAUCAUGGGUACUAACCGCGCCAACCCGGCCGCCAUGAUCCUGAGUGCUACAAUGAUGCUUAGACAUCUUGGUCUCGACAACCUUGCAAACAGCAUUGCCACCGCAACUUUCGAUGUUAUCAACUCUGGUAAGGUCAGGACCGCUGACAUGGGAGGAUCAUCUACCACGUCUGACUUCACCACCGCUGUCAUCAAGAGCAUCCCUUGA